UCAGUUGUGAGCUGUAUUUUCGGCCGAAUAUUCAUACGAAACUGAGUAAAAAAGAAGAAAAAUUAAGAGAGACGAAUUUUUCAUUUAAUAUUUUCUUUUUGGCCAUACAAAUUAAUGGAAAUCUCGCAAUACCAUCCUUAACCAACAAAAAAAAAUAAUUAUUUUUUUUCCACAACAAUUUAAUUGAGGAUAAAUGAAGGCAAUUAAUUGUUCAUUAUAAUAUUUUGUUCGUGUUUGGAAUCGACCAAUAACGGUUGAACUUUAAGUGGAAAAUCGGUUUUAUUUUUACGAAUUUUUCGUUUCGUCGUCGGACUUUGUUUUUUUGCUGAGUUAACGUUUCGAGCUGUGCCAAAAUAUUAUAAAAUGUUUCGGGAUACAAUCAGCUGUUAAUGGUUACACGUAUUUCGAAUAACAAAAAUAAUAAAUAUUUCAACAUUACGUGAGAAUAAUUGAAGAUCACAGCAAAAACAACAUAAAACCGAGAGAAAGAGAGAGAGAGUGUGUGUGUGAUUGACGGAAAGAGACGUUAAAUAAAUAAAUUAUAAGAAGAAAAUUGGUGAAUAAAAAUAAAACAGAGAAAAAGAAAGAAAAAGUGGAAAAGUGUAACAAAUAAAUGUUGUGCAAAGUCGUAAUUUUCUAAAAACGAAUCUAGGAAUUAUGGUGAAUAUAAAUAAAUAUAAUGGCAGAUCUUGCAGAUCAAAUCGAUGACUAUAUCUGCAGUUUUGAAGGUGUGGGUGACUUAACAAUGGACACUUUAGCAAUGUUGAUAUUUGCUUGGGCCGUAUUGGCCCUAUUCCUUGUGUGGCUGUGUAAAUUUUUAUAUAAUAAAUAUGUGAAGAAGGGCAACGUCCCGGAUACGAGCAAAAUAGGAACUAGUCCCAGCGAGAAGCUACGCAAAACGGAGCUGAAAGAGUUAUCGGCCAGCAAGGAUAUCAAGGGACUUGACUUGGCUGCCAAAUCAUUAGCACCUGGUAGUAAAGGUAUUGUGAAACCAACUUCUCGAUCUGGCAGUAUCGAUCUAUCAUCAAGAAAACGUUUAUCGCGUAAGAGUCCCGGGCCAGAGUUGAGGAAACCUCUGCGCUCGAUUCCACCGCCAUCAAAUGUGGUUGGACCCGAAAGUUCGUCGGUGACAUGGACAAGUCAGGUGUUUCGAUGGUUGUACAGCGAUUUGGUGAUUGUAAAUGAAUUAUUGCAGUCAUGGGUAACGACGCUGAACGAAAACACGAAGAAAACAGUUGAAUCGACAGGAGUAGCUGUAGAAAUAGUUCGAGUCCUGCCAGAAAGCCCUCCGCCAAAUCUAUCAAACAUUUACUGUGAGAGCCUGGACACACAGCCCAGUGAAAUGACAAUAACAUUAGACUGUGAAGCAACGCCAGUGCUGCAAAUCAAAACGUUCAGACAGAAAGCUGGCAAAGUCGAAACAUCGCACUACAAAGCAACAAUUUCACGAAUUCGUGCACGUUUAAGCAUUGCACUUAGCUAUAAUACAUUAAAAGGAGAUAUGCGAGUCGAAGGUUUUCCAGAUAUUCGCAUUACUCUUAAUAGUGUUGGAGCAAUUAAAACACUUGAUCAAGAUGAGAAACAACUACAGGAGGUUAUCAAUGAAAUUUUAACGACCACCAUCCGAGAUACGAUAUACCCAGUUGACUUUUCAAUAUACUCAACUUGUCCACGAGCUGUCGAAAUGGAUCCACCAGAAAUACCACACAACAUGGAACAUUUGAAUCCACUGCAAGCACAAGAAUCUCCAGUGACCGCUGUUCCAUCCGGGCGACGAUUAUUGGUUAAAGUAGUCAAAGGUGAGGGACUAACAACUGCCAACGAUCCAUAUUGUGUCAUCGAAAUGGAUGAACCGCCACAGAAAAACCAAACUGGUGCCAGACAAGGAACGACACCAUUUUGGGACGAACAUUUCUUGUUCGACCUAUCAGAACAAUCUGCCGAAAUAUUGUUCGAAAUUUACGAUCGUCCAGCUAAUGGCACCGAUCCACCGAAAUUUUUGGGAUUAGGUCUGGUUGGAAUUGAUGAAUUGGCGGUGGGACCGGCAUCAUCACAGAUAUUAACAUUACAACCUCGCCCGUACGAAACGGAAAGUGUUAGUGGCGCUAUUACCGUUGAAUUUGUGUUUAUCGAAGGUGCAGAAGUGCCGGCUGGACGGAGACCAUACAAAUUCAAGGAAGCACUGAAGAUAACCAAUCCGGCUGUUGUCAAUGGCUAUCAAAACGGACAGGAUUUAGCCGAUACGGCCGUUAAGGCUAUCGAAGGCGGUGCAUUAACGUCUAGCGCAAAUCCCAGUAGAAGCACAUUAAUCAUUCAUAGCGUGCAACGACCAGGUGAGCCAGUUGCCCAAUCAUCGCCAAUGCAUCAAACAAAUGGUUACAAUCAUUCACUGCCCAGAGACAAUCAGUCAAAUUAUGUGAUAACCGACAAUGGUAACGAUCCGAAUCUAGACGAUCGCGGACGCACCAGAAAGAAGCGAGACUUUUUCGGUACACUGAAACGUCGUCUCGGCCGUUCGAAAAGUCGUGCUAAAUCAGUGGACCGUGGUAUGAUACCGAUUGAUGCGGACAAUCCGAACGCACAGCUGCGAUCGGUUUCGGCCGAUCGUGGCGGAUUAAAUUCGAAUAAUACAUCGGCAGGACCAAGAUUAGUUGUUCCAACUUUAGACCAAUCAAGACGAUCCUCACUUUCAGAGUCGUCAGCAAUCUCAGGUUUCUCCAGUGCUAGUACAAAAACAUAUGUCCAUGAGGCAUCGACAUUGGUUUUGGAAACAAUUGAAAAUGGUGUCAAAAGACACUUCUUAGUACCGUUAGCUGUUGCACAAAGACCGCGAUGGCGACGCAAAGGUACUAAGCUACACAUCUAUAAUGAUCAUACGUUUGUAGCAAAGCACUUGAGCGGUGGGCUUACAUGUGAUGUUUGUAACCGUUCAAUACCUCGCCGUCCAGGAAAGCAAGGCUACGAAUGCCGAGAUUGUAUGACAAAAUGUCACAAGCAAUGUCAUGUUAGAGUACCACAAGCAUGUACAAAUCCAACGGUUUUAUCAAUGGAAUUGUCAUCGCUACCAAUGCUGUCUGAUAGUAAUUUGUAAUAAUUUCCGCACAACAAUCAAAAACAUUAAAAAAAAUAAAAAACCAAAAAUAAAAUGCUUCUUCACCAACACUCAACUUAAAAUCGAAAAAUUUGAUAUUCUUCUCUCUAAAAAAAAUUGUUUACACAAAAUGUUAAUCGUCAUAAUUGGGGUCAAAAUUAAAUUCUGCUGCCGCUGAAAGAAGCAUACGAAAAACUUAAGAAUGGAUUUCUAAAAUCUGCAACAUUAUUAUUGUAACACUAGACCUCAUCAUAGUUUUAACUCUAUGUUAUGAAUAUUUACUUAAAUAAUCUCUUUCUAACUCUAUGAUAUAUAUACAUCUCUCUUUGUCUAUGUCUUUGAUACACGAAAAAAAAAAUGAAGAAGAAGAAGAAAUGAAUUAGCUCUAAGUAAUAAGAAAAAUAUCGAUGACACUCUGAAUUAGUUUUUCAAUUUUUUUUAAGGAAAUCGUGAAGAGAUAACGUUUCUGGUAUGAAAUACGCAAUGUUGGUGGUAAUUAUUUGUUUCGAAUAUUGUUUACUGUCCGAACCAUCACUCUGAACUCGAAUGAAUUAUAUUUUCAACAACGUGAGUUCAAGUCUUCACAGAUCAAUAUCGUUUUUGAGUAAAAAACCUUCUAUUUUCAAUGACCUCACAUUCAUUCGGCUUGGAUCAAAAAAAUUUCCUUUAGAAGUACGACUAAAAUUUAUGUGUCCCACAAAUCCACUCGUCUCUCGAUAGUAGGCCUGGAGAUGGGAUGUGGGAAGUGUGACUCUCAGUGGGAGCUCUAGCUCUCGAUGGAUAUUGGACUCUCGAUGGAUGUCGGACUAUCGACUCGAUGGAUGUCGGACUCUCAAUGAAUGUCGGACUCUCGAUGAAUGUCGGACUCUCGAUGAAUGUCGGAAUCUCGAUGGGAGAUUUGACUCUCGAUGAGAGAUCUGACUCUCAAACAGAUCUAACUCUUAAUAGGAGGUCUGACUUUUGAUGGAUGUCAGAAUCUCGAUGGGAGAUUUGGCUCUCAAAGCAAUGGAUGGUAGUAAAAAUUCUCGAAAAAAAGUGGGGCGAGCUCUGUGGAUAUUCCCAAAAGUAUGAAAUGUUCUACUAUGGUAUGGUGUAUCUGAAUCUGUGAAUUUAGAUGUUUACUCGAAGAUCAGUCAUUUGACAUGUACCAGGAACUAUUAAAACUGGGAAAUUGACUUCUAAAAAUGUUCCCUAAUACAACACGCUCGAAUAACGUAAAUUUCACUAUUCAUUUCGCUCUCAGUAAACGAGACACAAGAUCUGAUCGAACAUGACCUUCCUUUCCUUUUUUUCGUAAUUUUCGUUUUAUUGAUUUAAGACUUUCACAGAUUUAAACUUAAUUAAAAGCACGAUGAGGGGUGGAUUGGUUUUUAUAGUUGUCUGUGUGUGAUUGAAAAAUAAACUUUAAGUUUUGGUGAAAAGUGUUUUUCGGUAAAAGAAAAGAUGUGAAUUUCGAAUUAUGUUGGUUUCGUUUAAGUGGACAUUGGAUAUUGGUAUGCAAUAAAGAUAAUGAUGGAAAUGAAUUAUUAUAAAUUUUGUAUAAUUUUGCAUUGGAAAAUCGAUGUUUUUUUAUUGGUUAUACACUUUGUAAUAUGUAGUUGGUGAUUGCUGUAUGCUGUAUUUGUAUCUUUUACGGAAAUCGUUUUCAGAAUGGUCCUUUUUUAUCUUCGACAUUAUUUAGCGACACACAAGUAAGGCCUUAACGAAUUAACAGUUUUAUAUUUUUUUCUUUUUCUUAAAUUAAAAGUCGUGCCUAAGAACAAUAUAACAAGUUUUUUUGUAAAAAAAAAACGGAUAUGAAACAAAACAAA